AAACAACUGUCAGUGGUGUCAUUCAGCCACGUCAUUUUUGCUUUGAAUGAAAAAGUAUACGCGGCGUAUCGCAGAAUCUGUACUGUAAAAUAAUAAAUCAUGAAUAUAUUCCGUUUGCUUGGUGAUUUGUCUCACCUUCUAGCCAUAAUUAUAUUGCUGCUUAAAAUUUGGAAAACGAGAUCAUGUGCAGGUAUAUCUGGAAAGUCACAGAUACUAUUCUCUAUAGUAUACACCACUCGGUAUCUGGACUUGUUGACGACAUACAUUUCGGCCUAUAAUACUGUAAUGAAGUUGGUAUUUAUCGUGGCGUCAUAUGCAACUGUUUACUUGAUGUAUGUGAAAUUCAAAGCUACUUACGAUCACAACCACGACACCUUCAGGAUUGAAUUUCUGUUGAUUCCAGCUUUAGUGUUGUCAUUGUUGAUAAAUCAUGAGUUUACUGUACUUGAGGUAUUAUGGACAUUCUCAAUCUACUUGGAAGCUGUAGCCAUUCUUCCCCAACUGUUUUUGGUUUCCAAGACUGGAGAGGCUGAAAGCAUCACAUCUCAUUAUCUAUUUGCCCUUGGCUCAUACAGAGCUCUCUACCUCUUGAAUUGGGUGUACCGUUAUGUUGUGGAAAGUCAUUACGAAGUCAUCGCAAUUGUGGCUGGUGUGGUGCAGACGGUCCUUUACUGUGACUUUUUCUAUUUGUACAUUACAAAAGUCCUGAAAGGCAAGAAAUUGCAGUUGCCAGCUUAAGCAUCUUGUAACACUGUUAUGAUAGUAAAAAUUAAAUCUGACUAUGAAUGUCUGUGAAGAUGUUUUGUAUAAGCCAAUAAUUUACCUAAGAGCUAGUUGUACAACCAUAGUAUGUACCAGUAUGUAUGUACAGUCGUUGAUUACUGAAGGCAAUUAUGUGUGAUGAAUUUCAGACAGAACUAAGUACUAAUUUAAUUUAAACCAUUUUAACUAAAAUGAUUCUUGUGCACUUCCAUUAUAUAAUAAUACUACAUGGCUGUAAAUUAAGCCAUCAUUUUCUUUAAAUGAUGGUAUGGUUAAAAUAAUAAGAUUACAGUAAAAUAGCUAUUAAUAUUAACAAGCAAUAUAAAAAGCAACAUGUUUCGAAUAGAAUUAACAGAAUAGAAUAUUUUUCCAGACAUUUAUUACUAAAUUAAUUAAUAUUAGCAACAUCUGAUAGGUAUAAUUGAAACCAAACAGUAGUGUAUUCUUAAUUUUCAUGAGGAUGUGUGUGUGAUUAAUCAAAAUGUCACGAGGCAUAUUGUUGUCACACAAUGUAUGGGAUGAUUACUAUUCUGUAUUAAAUCCCUUCCAUACAUUGUAACAAUAAAUAUUAUAUUCCUUUGUAUGCUUCCUAAGAUUAUAUAUUUUUUCAUUGUUAAAAUUUUAAAUUCUUAUCCUUAUUUAAAUUGGCAGCUCAAAGUAUUCAAAAGUUGCAUUUUGUAUUGGCAUAUGUACUUGGUCAAUACGUAGUUAAAUUAAGUUACUGCUGCCAAUUUGUAUAAUAAUAAUAAUCCCAUUAUUAAGUUUAUUUAACCUUUCCCAUUUAAAUAUAUCUGGAGAAUGAACUUUCUGUAGUAAAAUUAU